CCCUUCUGAGUUUCACCGGUCGUUCUCUCCGCUUUAGCUUCAUAGCCCUCCGAGCCAAGUAAGCUUCUCUCCUCUUCUUAUUAGCUUUCUUUUCUCCAUUUUUCUUCCCGGUAAAUGUCUUCCCCUGAUAGUCAAGACAUUUCCGCCUCGGAUGCCCGCGCAUCCGAGGAAUCCCUUUCCUCUUCUUCUUCGACCAGGUCGUCUUCCCCCAUUCCUCAACCCCGGUUGAUUCCAAAUCCCAACAUCCCUGAACCGCAGCCGGUAAAUCAGAUGCCCGGUCAGGUUUUUCAGGAGAGGGAUGCACCGGUGGAAGAUGAACCGGCUCCCUAUGACCCUGAAAAUGAGUCGUACGAGGCAUGGGAGGACCGGCUGGAAGCGGCCGGUUAUUCUCCUCUCCCUACCAGUUACCCCUUAGACAUUUACCCCCAUGUUUCCAAGAUUGCCCAGAAUAAGGCUCGUAGGAACCUCCCUCAGGGGUAUGUCCUUGAGUAUGACCCCAAUUGGCCCAACAUCAUUGAGCCUCAUCGGGAUGAUAGGAUGGGGUUUCACAUCAUUUCUUUGGAGAGUGGCACAGUUUUCCCCCUCCGUCCCCUUCUUGUCGAGUUGUGUCAUUGUUUUAAGAUCCUUCCCGUGCAGAUCACGCCCAAUGCCCACCGGUUCCUUAAUGCUUUCGUAAACAUCUGUGUUGAGCUCAAAAUCGAUCCCUCCCUUCGCUUGUUUCUCUAUCUUUUUGAAGUCCUCCCCGGUAAGUCGGGUUGUGACGGUUAUGUUUACUUCAGAGGCCGCAAUGGUCGCCAAUUCAUCUCCGACCUUCCACAAAGCAACCGGCAAUGGAAGGAGAAAUUUGUUUCCAUAAAAUUUCCCGAUGUUUCCCCCCUGGCCGGGAUAAGGUGGAACGACCAUAUUCUGAAGUCACAGUAUACCGAGCCGGCCACAGCUUCUGACUUGGAGGAGAGUUUAGAGAAGCUUCUCCAGGGGGACCCCUUCACCGGGCAGAUGUUCCACUAUGGGGCCUGGAUCUGGAGGAUCCAACCGGGUGGCGAGGGUACCCCUAAGGCCCAGGAGGCAGCGGGGCACGGGGUACCCUCCCCGGGCAACACUGCUGAGGCCGGGGGCCCCAGCCACCCAGGGAAGGAUCCGGUGAAUCCUUCCCCCAGUAAGGGAAAAGGAAAAAAGAGAGUGAAGCAUGCGGCCACCACCCAUCCUUCAGUCAAGAAGAAAAGGGGAGAGAACGCCCCGGCUGAAGAGUCACUGGAGGAACUCUGGGUCAAAUUGACCCUCAAGCUGAAAGAGAUGGGCGAAGUCAGGUCCGACGCCUUGGAACAGCUCACCGAAGAUUCUUCCUCCCGGUUAGCCCAGCUGGAAGAAAAGUUGAAGAGGUCCGAGGCCCAUAACCGGGAGCUUAAGGAGCUGACGGCCCGGCAGGUAGAUGAGAUGGCCAAUCUUUCAGCGAUUGCUGGGGGGGCCAAGGCGGAGACUCUCCAGCUGAAGGAAGAAAACCUGAAGCUGAUGGAGGAGUUGGAGGCCAAGGAGCGAGAGUUUCCCGGUAGGGCCCGCCAGUGGAUGGAGGACAACUUGGUGGAAGCUGCCCGAGUACUUACUUCUUCUGAGGAAAGGACGAUGGAAGGCUUCAAGCUGCUCUACCGGGAGGAGCAAGGGAAAGAGAUGAUUACCCAGAUUGGCUCCUACGGUUUCAUGUCUGGCCAAAAACGAGACCGGGAGGCCACCCAUGCGAUCCUCGCCGAGCGGGACCCGGACUUCACUGCUGAUUCAUACGGUCUGGCCCCCAUCCCAGAUGAUGAGCCUGCACCUCCCUUCCCCUUGAAUUGAAAAUCUCCCCGGCUGCGCCCGGUUCUUUUUUGUAAACUUGAAACUGGAAAUUUCCCCGGGGAUGCCCGGCGUACUUAUAAACAAUUAAUUUUCUUGUUUUGU